CUUAGUUGUUACGUCAAUAGCCGCAUUUGUAUUUGUGUUAUUGCAAACUACGUUUCGUAUGUUUCGUAAAGCGUAUCCGUAUUCGGAAAGGAGAACGCCUCUGAUUGGCUUUUGACCCCUGGAUAAACCUUUAAUGCUUCAAAACAUUACUAUUUUUUAGAUUGCGGAGAUUGAAAAAUCCGGGUAGAUAUCGUGGAGGUGGAUCGGAUCUGGAACGGCUCGCUUACGAUGCAACCACGCGAAGAGAUGAAACGGUAGCCAUGUGGAGGGGAAUUAAAAGCGAAGUAGCGAAGGGGAAUAUAAAACCUCUUGCCUUCGUACGGGCUGUAUCGACCAUUGUACUCCCAACUCCAUCUAGAUAUACGCGCCAUUGGAGUUACGUUUGAGAUGGAGGCCCUCCAACAUGUUCUCCCCGCAGGAUUGCCUGUAUCUGUCCAGGUGAUCGCCGCAACCCUGGUGCUUGGCAUUAUCUAUUCGCUAGUCACCGCAGAUCGACCAUUCACUGGAUUUCCAAUAAUCUCAAUCGAUGGGAAAAGCCCCAUGAAGAGUUGGAUAGAGCAUGGCAAAGAAACAUUGGAGGAAGGACUACGAAGAGUCGCUGGUCCGUUCCAAGUCGUAACGGGAACUGGUCCGAAGAUUGUCUUGUCCAAUAAAUUCGCCGACGAGCUCCGCAAUCACCCUCAUCUGAACUUCAACAAGGCCUUUGCCAAGGACUUUGCGGUGGGAUACCCAGGUUUCGACGGCAUGCGAGUAGGCUUAAGCGAUGACGAACUAAUCCAGGAGACUGUACGAGUGAAGUUAACCCAAUCCCUGGGCUUGAUCACGGAGGAUCUCGUGGACGAGACGACCGACGCAUUGCACCAUGUCUUCGGUGAGAGUGAGGAAUGGACUACUAGCUUAAUUAGGGAAGACAUGCUAGAAGUUGUCGCUCGACUUUCGUCGAGAGUGUUCUUAGGAAAAGAAUUAUGCCGUAACCGCAGAUGGCUCGACAUCUCCAAGUCUUACACCGUCGACGUAUUCGUGGCGUCGGCUCUUAUGCGAGCUGUUCCAGCAAUGUUCCGACCUAUCGCCUACCUGCUGAUACCGCAAUCCAAGAAAUUGCGGCAGGCCGUCAGGGAUGCGCGUGAUCUCAUCGAACCCGAGGUAGCACGCCGCAAGGCGGCUGUUGAUGCGGCGAGAGCAGCAGGGAUGAAGCCGCCCAAGAUCGCAGACACGAUUGGUUGGAUGUAUGAAGUCUCCAGAGGCAGAGAAACCGACUUCGUCGCUGGCCAGCUUUCGCUGACAACGGCUGCUAUUCACACGACGACGGAGACGAGCUGUUCGGCAUUGUUUGAUAUCUGCCAAUAUCCCGAAGUUGCCCAGCAGCUCCGAGAGGAGAUCAUUCAGGUUAUCGGCGAGCACGGUUGGGCCAAGACUUCCAUAUAUAAGCUCAAACUUAUGGACAGCUUUUUGAAGGAAGGACAGAGACUGCGCCCAAUGAGUUAUUCUACAAUGCACCGAUACGUGGAAAAGCCCACGAAGAUUUCCGACGGCACUGUUUUACCGGAGGGUUCGCGCAUAAUACUGACUACGAACUAUAUGGACUCGACGAUCUACUCGGAGCCGGAGAAGUUCGAUGCCGCCCGGUUCUUGAAGAUGCGACAACAGCCCGGCCAGGAGAAUAGUUGGCAACUUGUGACGACUAGCCCGGCGCAUACCGGCUUCGGCCAUGGGCAGCAUGCUUGCCCAGGCCGAUUCUUUGCCUCGAAUGAACUGAAGAUCGCGCUGUGCCACCUUCUGCUCAAAUACGAUUGGAGAUUCGUUCCAGGCGAGGGCAGGCCGGCUUACCGAACUGCUGAGACGCACAACAGUGUCGAUCAGGCAUCGAAAAUCCAAUUUCGACGGAGGCAGCCGGAGAUUGACCUCGAUAUACUAGCCGAUUGAUACGAAGGGUCGGUUUAUUAUCUAUAGUGUAGUAGCAGUUACUCCGUAGCGUUUGAUGUAUUUUGGUCUAUAAUUGAAAUUAGCUAUCGGAAUUGUUGCUCUUCCACUACCCCCUGCCCCCGUCC